GCCCGGUGGACUGUCACCCUCCCCGAGUCUCUGCAAAGCGGCACCCGUCUCCUCAGGGAGCGGCCGACGGCGGGCGCCGGGUACAUGUUCCGGGUGGCUGAGCCCAACCCGAGCAGACCUCCGGCCGCCAGGAAGAGCUGGCAUUUCAGUAAGACAAUGGAGGAGCUAGUUCAUGAUCUGGUCUCAGCACUAGAAGAAAGUUCAGAACAAGCAAGAGGAGGAUUUGCAGAUACAGGAGAUCAUUCUCGCAGUGUCUCUUGCCUUCUAAAACGCCAAGCCCGAAAGCGAAGGGGAAGGAAAAGACGUUCAUUUAACACUCAUCACCCCUGGGAGACUGGUCAUUGCUUAAGCGAAGGUUCUGAUUCGAGCCUUGAGGAACCAAACAAGGAUUAUAGAGAGACCCAUGCUAAUAAUAAGAAAGACCAUAGUGACUCUGAUGACCAAUUGUUGGUUGCAAAACGCAGGCCAACUUCAAAUUUAAAUAACCUCAGAGGCAAAAGGCCUCUAUGGCAUGAACCUGAUCUAGCAGUUGACAAUUUAGGAAAUAGGACUCUGCGUAGACGACGAAAGGUGAAACGAAUGGCAAUUGACCUACCUUCAGAAGUAACAAGCACACUGACGUUACCCCAACAACAGGAUAACAUUAAGGAUCAGGAAAUGGACAAUGACAGCAGAUAUUGCCAACAUCAAGAACUAACAAAGAGCAAAGUUAAAAAAAGGAAACUAACAGCAAGUAGGCAAGGACCAGAAAUUUUGGAUGAAGGAGUUGUAAUAGAGAAUGAUGAAAUCAAUCAUGCAAACAAGGAUAAAAUGGAGUAUGAAGAACAAAAGGGCUCAGAUGAAAACAUGAGUGACAGCGAAUCCAGCAGCCUGAGCAGUAGUGAUGCUGGCUUAUUUACCAAUGAUGAGGGAAGACAAGGUGACGAUGAGCAGAGUGACUGGUUCCAUGAAAGUGAACCCGGAGGUGCCUGUGGGAUCACUGGGAUCAUUCCCUGGUGGGAAAAGGAACACUCGGCCGAACUGGAGAAAGAGCUGCCUGAUCCGGUCUUUGAAAGUAUCUUAACGGGCAGUUUCCCUCUUAUGUCCCAUUCAGGCAAGAGAGAUUUCCAGACAAGAUUUAGUCACCUUCAUGGAAUGCCAGCAAGGAACAUCAAAAAAGCUACAGGAAAUCCAGCUACAAUGAUAACUACUCCAGGCUCAUGCAGUAACAAGAAAGUCAUACAUUUGUCCCAGGAGUCUCAUCACCAUGACCAUUGGUUUAGCCCUGGGGCUAGGAAGGAACAUAGCCAGCUUCAACUCCUCCGGGACAACCGAUCAGAGAGAGGACACAAGAAAAACAUUUCCGUGAAAAUAGCAAGCAGACAAACAAGUGUCCAUUUAGGAUCAUUAUGUAUGGGAGAUAUCAAACGAAGGAGAAAAGCUGCACCACUGCCAGGACCUACUGGGUUUGUAGGUGAAAAUGCUCAACCCAUCUCAGAUAGCAACAUUGGCAAUCGAAUGCUCCAAAGUAUGGGUUGGACACCUGGGACAGGCCUCGGACCAGACGGCAAAGGGAUAGCCGAACCCAUCCGAGCAAUCCAAAGGCCAAAGGGACUUGGACUUGGAUUUAGCUGACCAAAUGGCACUCCAGCUGCUCUUCAGGCAUCAAGUCGACCAACCCUAACUUUGAAAUAACUGAAAUCAUUAUAUUCAGCUGUUGUCAAAACAUCUAGUGAUUCUUACUGUAACUUUUGAAUACUGAAGCUUCAGUGUUUUCUAUUAAAGCUGCAAGGGGCCAGCCGUUAGGGCAGUCCUGAUGUUUGAAACCUAACUCUGUAAUGGUGCUAACAUUUUAAAUUGUACUUUUUUAUUUUCUGUGGUCUUAACCAUUUAUAUUGUCAAAAAUUCCAAGAAUUUACCCCAGCCCUGUUAAAGGCUUGCCGACACCUAAGUUACCUUUUCCCGGUGUUUUCGUACCAAAGGGCAUUUUUACUAGUCUUAAUUCUCAAAGAGGAUUUCGCUUUUGGAAAGUUGCUAUUUACUACCUAAGACAAUGGUGGCACAGUCUAGCCAGCACUCUGUAACACCCUGUUUCCCACCCAUUCCAAAAGCUCUUGGUGCAUUGCGCACCAAAGCAGCAUGGAUUCAGAGCUGCUUCAACAAUGGGAUGCACUCUGGGGAAAAUAGGAGUGACAGAGCUCACCUUUUUAAAAGCUUGUAGCUCUUUCUCUAUGGCAGCCAGAGUCUUGCCAUCUCAACUUACACAGCCUUAAUAGACAGGGCACUUCAGAUGUUUACUUCACUUCAGCCCAAAGUUUAAUUUGAUAUUUCUUCAUCUACAAUAUGUGUAGAUGAAGUAACAUAAAUCGUCCCUUGCUUCCCAGCCUGCAAUCUUGCAUGAGACACGCAUGGCAAAUGACAACUUUGUCUUUUAACAGGUGCAGCAUACUCCAUCCUCUUCUCUCACCUAAAUACAUAUCCUCCAAGUACACUUUUAAUUGGUUAUUGUGUCUUAGUUGGUAUUGUUUUUAAAGCAAAGAUUUUAAACCAAUUAGCAAAGAUUUUAAACCAAUUGUACUGCCGUCUUUUACCCAAUCACUGUGAAUGUGUGUUUUGAGCAGAUUUAAGAUGGGACAAUAUCACUAAAGCCUCUCAAUUGUAAUUAUAAUUUUGGAAUAGUUCUUAAUUGACAAAUGGUGGCUACUAUGGCUGGGGGAGGGGUGGGGGGCUUCUAAGGCACAUAUUUGUAAAAGAAGGCAAAAGAAGCUGGAAUAGUAAAGCAGGUAUUGCUUUGAUUAUAGCAACAACCAUAAUUUCACACUUAGUAUUUUGGCUUGCCUUUAUGUUAACAUGUCAAAUUCAUUAAAGAGGCC